CGAUAUUCGAGUUUUUGAAAACUUCGCGUGGUGCUUAUGUCUGAUUUUGGGAUUGUCAGAAAUACUGAAUUUAUGAACAAGAGUGAUAUUUCGAGUGAUACUCCAGUUACCCGCCUCUCAAAAAUUCUUUCAAAAGCUAACUUUCUUGAAGUACCCACAAAUAAAACGGCACCAAAGCGUAAGUUGUUUUACUAGUAUGUUAUUCAAAAACAGUGUAUCAGAUAUCAGAAAUCAUACCUGCGGACAUAGAUGAAAGUGCUAACCAAGAGCCGCCUACUACGUCAGCAUGGUCAGAAGCACCUGAAUUAUAUGUUCGCGAACACUCCAACAGUUGCUCUUCGGGUUAUUAUAGUAGUGCGACAACUCACUCUGCUCCAGCAUCCUCUAUCUGUGAACGCUUUUUCGAAAUUAACCCGGACCAUGAACAUCCUAUUUCGCUAAUCAAAAGUGUUUCUGAAGUUACCGAAUCUGCAACGCCUAAUGACAACAAACUUCGGAGAGCUCAUUCUUGCUCCAGCAGAGGGUGGUUGGCCAAAAGGCAUUUCCGACAACAGUGGCCUCGUAUUUCUGGUAUUUCUAGAGAGAGAGAUACAUCCUUAGUUGGAGCUGCUAACGCAGACACAAAUUCAUGUCCUGCUGCUAUAGUCCAUGAUGAUAAUCAAUCUAACUUGAGACGUUAUUCACUUCCGCCCGUAGGUGAACUGGGUUCUGGAAGCACUUCUGAAAAUUCACCCGUUAGAGAUCAUUUAAUUGACUUUUUAACGUCAACUAAAAGUCCUAGCCCUGAAAAGAGAAUGGAAUGUUCAAGUUCCUUGCUUCAUUCUAUGCCUAAAAAGAUACGCAUCGAAUCACCAAAGGGAAGUGAUUGCAACUCUACAAUACCUGUGGAGGAAUUAGAUGAAAAUUCAGAUCAUGAUGAUGUUGGACUUUUAUUUCCUAGUGCAAAUGUUGGUCAAAAACCAUUUUUCGAUCUCCUACGUCAUCACUCAACACCUAUGCCAUCUUCUUAUUCGUACAAACAUUGCCCGAGUUCUCCUGUAGAAGUGUUCAGGGAAGAAAAUUUGGAUAAACCUAGAAUCUCACGAUGUUUAUCCGAAAUGCAUUCUGUUUCCUAUGACGCGAUUGCGCGAUGUAUUGGCUCUUUGAGCAGUCACAGCUUAUGCAGUGAUGGGAAACGUGCACGUGCGUUACCUGUAGUAGAUAGAACGGGCUCCGGCUUACAUUGCGUGUCCACAGAUACAGUCGCUGAUCUAGUAUCUGGCUCCAAGCGUAAUAUCAACUAUGUAAUUAUUGAUUGCCGAUUUCCUUAUGAAUAUGAAGGAGGCCACAUUAAGGGAGCAAUUAAUAUUUUUACUCAUAGCGAUUUGGUUCAAGAAAUAUUCAAUCGUGUCCCAGCACAACGUCCGCCUGGUACUUCUGGACCUCCGCGAUUUCUUGGGGAAGAUCUGGCACGAAGAUUAGCCACUACACAGCGGGAGCCACUUUCUGCACCCUGUGAAUUAAUUUCUGAUGAUGAAGAUGAAUAUGAAUUUCCUGGAAAUACGACUUCAGAGAUCUCUGAUUCGGAUCUUGCAUAUGCCAACGAGGAGGUUUUAGAAAAAAAUAUUCAUAAUGAUAGCCCGAAAUCAGAGCCAGAUCUUAGUUACGCUAGCAGUGGAUUAUCAAGUGUUAGUGAAUCAGGCAAUCAAGAUCCUCCUUUCGUCGUAAUAUUCCAUUGUGAAUUUUCUUCUCAACGAGCUCCAGCAUUGGCUGCAUUUCUUCGAAGUGUCGAUCGUGUUUCAAAUUACCAUCGUUAUCCAUUUCUUUAUUUUCCGGAGAUUUAUAUCAUGAAAGGUGGAUAUUCUGCAUUUUACCGAAAAUUCCCACAUAUAUGUACUCCACAAGAAUACGUUAAGAUGUUUCACCGGGACUAUCGAAAUCACCUACGUUUGUAUAAGCGCCUUACUCGUCGUGUCAGUUCAGCCUGUCUGGCAUGUAUAAAACCUCAACAAAAGGAAGUUGAGAAGCCCCAAAUACCCAUCAACGAGGCUGAUAGUUACUGUCAACUACCGUUGGAUCUUAAAGUUGGCGUACACGGCAUGUUUGCAACACACGACCCACCAACACACCAGUUAUUAUCCAAGCAUAGAUUACCCAUGCAUGACGAUAAUUCCAUCGCCGAUCUUGCAAAUUAUGAAGACAAAGAAAAUUACUCACCAUCGGGUUCUGAACUGUGUAGCAAAUCUCCAAAUCAUCGUUCCUGUUCCACCAAUAAUGUGAAUAUAGAACCCAAAAAUGUUAUACUUGCUUCGCCUUCUACAAAUAUUGAAUGUUGUAACCAACUAUCAUCAAGUAUAGUCGAUAGCCCUCUUGGUUUGGCAGAAGUCGUUGUUAGAGUCGGUCGUCGUGUGAUAGCAGCAACAUUGGGUAGUAACAAUAAUAAUUGUUCUGAGGUCACUCGUGCUUUAGAUCGAAUGAAGAAUAAAAUUUCACCUCAAAUGAUUCAACCAUUUAAAGAAAAACCACCUAUACGUUGUCUUAAACGUUCACUUACCACUAAUUCAUUGGAUAUUCGUCAUCAGUUAAUGAAUCCAAAAGUUUGUAAUCCAUUUUGUGGUGGUAAUAGUUACUUACAAAAUACACCUUCAAUAAGAAGAGUUCGAACCAAUUCUAACACUGAUUUAUUAUCUAUUGAUAAUACUGUUAAUAGUAUUCUGAUGCCAACAUCAUCGACUGCUUUAAAUCAAAUCAAUCAAGAUCAGUCUUCUCCACAAAAAGGACAUUUGUCAUACCAUAGUCUUUCUACAUUUAGUGAAUAAGUGUAUAAUACUUCGUUUUUGUUUGUUUGUUUGUUUGUUUUAUUUCAACUAAUCCUUUUUUUAUAUUAAUAUAACUAUAAUCACAGUUAUUUACAGAUUAAUCUGUAAAUCAUUCUGUACAUAGAUGUAUAGCUUGUAUGUAUGUAUGUAUAUAUGCAUGUGUACUUAGUUUUUGUCAAACAAUAAAUUCACAUUUCAUAGCAUUAUCCUCCUAACGAUUGUUUUUUUUUACAUCCUCACAUUGUCAAUUCUCUUUUCUUGUUAUGUAUAGUUUCUGUUCUCAUCAGUUUGAAUAGUUUCUUUCAAGUUUCACUGAGUUGUAGCCUACCAGUCAUGGUUUCAGAAGUAAAACAUUUUUCUUUGGUCCGUUAAGUUAUCUCCUUUCCAUGUUAUUCGUAUUCAGUUUAUAUUUUCCCGUAUAUUAUUUCGAAUUAUUGGUUCUUGAAUUUCAUUGACUACGGGAUUAUUUCUUAUUCGCUUACUUUGUUUUGUUUACUUUUUUUGUUAUAUGCUUUCCAAAAACUAACAUUUUUGUGAUCAUAUACAUACUACAUAUAGGGAAAAAUCCAUUUUUCUUCUGUUUGACACUAUUUCUAUGUGAUGAUUGUAUUUUUUUCAAAUAAUGAUUGUGAUGAUGAAACUACCAAUUUGCUUCUAUUAUAUAUUUACUACUAAUACUACUACUAAUACAACUACUACCCCUAAUAAUAAUAAUAAUAAUAUGUAC